AUGUCAAUGUCGCAUUUAACGCUGGUAAUUCGUGAGAAAAACCUUUUCCCAAUGAUUUUUCGAGAUUUUUCUCCUUCGGUUAACAUUCUUUUGAAGCGAAAAGAAGUUCUACGAAAACGAUUACCAGUAAUCGUGUUAGAGAGAAGGAGAUUAAAUUGUGCUAGAGAGCGGCGUCGAGAUCAGCUGCGCAAAUGUGACGAACGAGAGCGAUCACUGCCUCCGCCGCGACCGCGUCGACAGCGAUUGCGGUUUUCGCCCGAAGUCGCUUUGCUUGAAGCGACUGGACGAGCCGACGCUGCUGAGGGUGAGCGCGCAAAAGUUCCGCAGAAGUUUGUGCGGACGAUUGAGCGAUUAUUACGUGAAGGUGCAAAUCCUAAUUCACAUAACGAGGAUGGGUUAACGCCGUUACAUCAAUGUGCGAUUGACGAUAACCAGCAG